UAUUGCAGAAAAGCAUUUCUGCGUUUUACAUGCAUUUAAACAUGCGGAAUCAGAGUUUGACCCGAACUAACAAAGGGAAGAAUUACGGAAAGAGGCCAUCAUCGACAAUUUCAACAAAUAACUUGACCCAUAAGUUCAAUGGCAGACGACACUCGAAAUUAUAAAAACGACAAUCGAAACCAAAACACCAAUUUCGGAUUGCGAUACUUCUUGCAGGCGGCGCUGUGGUAGCGUCAUUUCGCUGUUUGGCGCGCUUUAGAUAUAAGAACUUUAGGCGCCUCUUUCGGUACGCGCUGGUGCCCGCCACUUCCUCGCGUACUUUUCAGUGCGGUCGUACAGUUAUGGCAGGCACAGUUUGCCUCGCAGUCCUGGAGGAUGGCCAAAGAAAGAAGAUUUCGCUGCCAAACGGCGCCUACGGCGAAUUGCUACGUGCUUUACGCUCUCUGACCGACAUCGAUGACACCACUCUGAUCCAGAUGUACGACGAGGAGGUUGAAGAUUACGUUGACUUGGAUAUGCACAGCAACAUCCUAAACAAGGCCAAAAUAAGACUGGCACGGAGGAUAGCCCCUCAAAUGGAUCGUGCAGGCCCUGCGUUUGCUGUUCGAGGUGGAGGCAACACGGAAAUGACUCAGUCUAGUGCUGUUACAGAAUGUGCAGAGGAGGUGCAGCAUGUACAGUCUGUGCCGUUGGAGAAGGAGAAGGACUACUUAGAUUUUGUGCUACCCUCUUUUGACCAUUACGAGGAAGUGCUUCGUAGAAAAGUCCCGAUAAAUUGUGCAGUGCGACGUGCUAUUAUCAACAAGCUGUUUGCAGCUUGCUUCAAGAUAGCUUGGUACCCUUCUAGACAGUUGUACCGCGUAGCUGCCGAGAGGCUUGUCAGUGCAUACCCACGCCUUGCUGACAGAGUUGGCAGCGGAAAUGGCCUGUUCAUCCAGAACUUCUCCUUUGCUACAGAUAAGCUUCUACAAACAGUGUUCAUAGUUUGUGAUGGAGUAUGGUCAUGA